GAAACUUGAAUGUACGACCAUCUGUCCUGAGGAGGCGGAGUUCUAAACUUGCCUUUUGUUUCCCCAAGAACAAUUAAGUAACCUUGCUGCAGAUAAGAAUGGUGCUGGUGACAUUGCCCUGAAUCCGCACAGUUUAUUGACCAUCUUGAAUUGCUGUUUAGUAUUUAAAGGCUGGAAUCUUUGAGGAGCUGAAGAGCUACAGAUGGAAGGACAUUGUUUCAGAAGGUAUUCCCUUUGCAGAGCUUGAAAGAAUCAUUUAAUCAUGAAAUUAUUUCAAGAAGGCUGACAGGACAACAGUGGAAUAAAAGACCAUGGGAAAUUCAUAUGCUGGUCAACUGAAAUCUGCUCGUUUUGAGGAAGCGCUCCAUAAUUCAAUUGAAGCGUCUCUACGAUGUGACAGCACUGUGCCACGACCAAUCUUCUCUCAGUUGUACCUAGACCCUGAUCAGCCAUUGUUGUCUCCUGCAGAAGCAUAUCCUCCACAUCAUGCAGACUUGGACUUCCCUGUCCCUCCCACUCUUGAAACUGCUUGCACUACCAACGCUUCUACCAACACUACUAUUCCAGAUGUGAAGCCGAAGGCUGAAGACUUGGAUAAGCAGUUGGUGCAUCGAUAUGUUCCAAAUGGUGGCUUUGAACUUGCUAAUGGACAGGCUUCACAUGAAAUGGAGAAUGAAGAUGAUGAUGAUGACAUAUCUGAUUCUAGCAGUCCACCAAUGCCGUACAUACAGAGGCCAGUUCCAGAAGGUUGCUGCACUACAGAUGGUUUCUGUCAGGCUGGUAAAGACCUGCGGUUAUUGUCUGUAUGCAUGGAACAAGUAGAGGUCCCAGAAGGGUUUCUGUUGGUAGGAGCCAAGACCCCAAGUCUGCCAGAGCACAUUUUGGUCUGUGCUGUAGAUAAACGGUUCCUGCCAGACGACAAUGGGAAAGUUGCACUUUUAGGGUUUUCAGGCAAUUGCAUAGGCUGUGGAGAAAAGGGCUUUCGUUAUUUCACUGAAUUUUCAAACCAUAUCAACUUGAAACUCACCACCCAGCCAAAAAAGCAGAAGCACUUAAAGUAUUACCUGGUAAAGAACUCCCAGGGAGUACUAUCCAAGGGACCCUUAAUCUGUUGGAAAGAAUGUAGAAGUCGACAAUCAGGUAGCUGUUUCCCAUCGACUAAGUCUGGUUUGUCAGCAUCACCAGCAAAGGCACCAGAAAACACCAUUUCUGAUGGUCAUACUACAGAUUGCUCUCAGACAGCAGAUUCAUCUUUAAGUCCACCAAGAGCUACAUCUGCCGUGUCGUUAAGUACAAACCCAGAUCAGUCCAAAAACAAGAAUGUGACCAGACCAGUGGCUUUGUCAGUGCAGCCUCUAGAGAAGACUUUGACAGUGACGGGUGUCUGUGGAAAUGGGCCAGUUUCCAGUUCAGUGCGCUUCAAUGGUACUGUGAAUGGUGGUAGCAGUGGAACAAAAAGCAUUACCUUAAGCUCAACUGUGGCAUGUCCUUUGCCUCAUGCAACUUCUCCUGGACCAGGAAGUACAGCUGGAGACCAAGCAUGCCUAUCAGCCUCUGGACCACCAAAAAAGCGUCACCGGGUUUGGUCACCUGGCCCCUCUGUUCCAGUAGUCAGGCCUAUUGUAAGACCUGAUCCUCUGAUUCCUGUCUGUGUCUCACAGCCUUCACUGACUGGAGUUCUGCAUCCUCAAGCUGUACCGGCAGGAGAGACUGUAAUUGUUCCUGAGAAUCUGUUGAAUAAUUCUGGAGUAAGGCCAGUUAUUCUCAUAGGUUAUGGCACUUUACCUUAUUUCUAUGGGAAUGUCGGUGAUAUUGUUGUAAGUCCAUUGCUGCUAAACUGUUACAAGACUGCACAACUCGAGAACAAAGAUAAUGAACAGGUGGGAAUGCCUGUAAGUCCAUUCCUGAGUGUGGAGAACAUGACAAUUCUAACUAUUCAAUAUCUUGUACGACUAGGUGUAGACCAGAUGCCACUACGGGAGGAAUUUGAACAAGUCAUCUUGAAGGCUAUACAGGAAGUUACCCUGAAGGAGAGGGCACUGCAGAUAAGUCCAUUGUGUACUGCUGUUUCACCUGCUCAGCUGCCUUGGCUUGCUAGAUUGACUGCAAGUGCUGCCAGAGAAUUUGUGCAUGUACUUGUAACCCAGAAUUCUUUAGCUGAAGGCAUUUCAGAGACUUUGAGAUCACUGAGUGAAAUGCAAAGCAGGCAAAGACUGCCCAACUAUGUUUUUAUUGUCUGCUCAUCAAAGAUGAGAGGCAGCGAGUUUUGUGUGAUUGUCUUAGGUCAGUACCAGUCUCGGGCAUUAGCUGAAAGCAUGCUUACAACAACUGAGUUCUUGAAGGAGAUAAGUUAUGAACUUAUCACUGGCAAAGUCAGUUUUUUAGCUUCUCAUUUUAAAGCUUCUUCCAUAGGUGAUGAUUUAGAGAAAUUGCUGGAUGGGGAACGACAGAGGCGAGGAAAUAAUGUUGUGGUGCCAUUUAAUGGUGAACUCCAUGACUCAAUAUCUGCUCAAGAGGCAGCUUCCAUGCUUCCAACACAGGUCUUAGAAAUUGAUUUGGAUAGUGAAUCUUUCCAGAUCUAUCAGGCUCAGCUUGUGGUUGCUCGGAAGCUUCUAUCCCAAGUGUGUGCUGUCGCUGACAGUGGUACACAGAGUUUGGACCUUGGCAGGUUUAGCAAGGUGGAUUUCAUCAUUCUAGUGCCCCGUUCAGAGGUCCUGGCUCAGCAGACUUUACAAAGGGUUCGGCAGUCAGGAGUUCUUGUAGACCUGGGACUUGAAGAAAGUGCAACUGCCUGUCAGAAAGCUGAGAAGUAUGUUGUAUGGAUAGACAGUGAUAUUCAAACCAAGUUUGAGGCAUUUAUGAGAAGAGUAAAGCAGAAUCCGUACACAUUGUUUGUUCUAGUUCAUGACCACGCUCAUGUGGAUUUAACAAGUGUUUCAGGUUCCUUGUCUCAUGGGGAGCCCAUUCAGGGCCUGAGUGACAGAGUUGUGAACUGCAGAGAGGUUCUUGAGGCCUUCAAUUUGAUUGUACUGGAAGUCAGUUCCUUUCCUUAUGCACUACAGACUCAGCAGUCCAGAAUUAACCCACUUAAUGAGGUGCACUUUGAAUCAUCGGAUAUUGUGGAUGAUGUAUUCUCUGAAUCCAAGAAUGUGUAUUUUGCACUGAAUGACUACUGCAAGUCUCUUCAGUGGGGAAUCACUAGCCCACUUCUGAGGUGUGAUGAGGCAUUUGAAACAAUGGUAAACACGCUGCUGGAGAGGUACCCUCGACUGCACAGUAUGGUAAUCCGCUGCUAUUUGCUGAUUCAGCAGUACUCAGAGGCUCUGAUGGCACUAACCUGUGUCCCCUCACUCAGAAAUUACACAACACCAGAAAUUUUGGCUGUCAUGGAAGACCUUAUUGGCACCCCUGGAAAAGAUAAGAAUGGCCAAGGUCACAUGCUGAUUAUUAGGGUUCCAUCUCUGCAGCUGGCAAUGUUAGCAAAAGAGAGGUUACAGGAAGUCCGUGAUAAACUUGGUUUGCAGUAUCGCUUUGAAGUCAUUCUGGGAAACCCCAAUGGAGAGCUGAAUAUUGCUAAGCACUUUGUUACCAGGAUUAAGGUUUGGAGGGGCUGUGAGUCAGAGGAGUGGAUUCCUCGUACCUAUCAAGAUCUAGAAGGACUUCCUUGUGUCAUAGUUCUUACUGGCAAAGAUCCUCUUGGAGAAACAUUUCCAAGGUCAUUGAAGCACUGUGAUUUGAGGCUGAUUGAUUCAAGCUAUUUGACGCGUACUGCCCUGGAACAAGAAGUAGGUCUUGCAUGCUGUUAUGUUACAAAAGGAGCAGUCAGGGAGUCAAUGGUGGUUCCUGACUUGAUUGACAGGGACCCUGACAAAUCCAGCACCACUGAGAAUGAAGUAGACGAAUUACAUGUUGACAUGGAGAGGCCACACAGUAACAGCAGUGUAGUGACUGGAACUUCAGGCUCUGUAACAGAAAAUGGUGUGAGCUCAUCCUGCACUGCAGACAUUUCUCAGAAACAUACUUCUUCCCUCCAUUUCCGAAACAUGGCAAACUCCAGUGACGAAUGCACUUAUUUCAAACCUUCUACUAGUGAAACCUGCAAGCAAGAAUGUGACUCAAAGGUGAAUCACCUGACAUGUAGUACUGUUCCCAAAUCAUCAUCGACAUCGUCCUCUUCCUUAUCUUCAUCAUCCUCAUCAUUAUCAGAGAACUCUCGACAACCAAGUCAGUCUACGAAAGACGGUAAACAUCCCCAUUUAGCACUGCCACGCAUUGUUAUCCUGUCAAAGGCAGCUUAUAACCUGCUUUCUCCAGAGAAGAGUGGACAGGUGCACUCUGCCUCUCUGUUGCCACACGCAGAUGUCUCUUGGGUGCAGCACUUGAGACCUCCAUUUCAGAAGGACCUGCAUAGCAGGGAGCAGUCACUUUAUUAUAGACAGUACACAGUUGCUAAACAGCACCAUGCUGAUUAUAACAAUCACAGUCAAGGAGGUGCAAGCAUUUUCCAUCCACGGAGGUUGCUUUUGACAGGACCACCUCAGGUAGGGAAGACUGGUGCAUACCUGCAGUUUCUUCGAAUUCUUUUCCGGAUGCUGAUCAGAUUAUUGGAAGUUGAUGUUUACGAUGAAGAAGAAAUUGAGAUUGAGGAUUGCACCACAGAUGAAGUAAAGGGGUCCGAGAAUGUUCAGUGGCCUGACAUCGAAACCUUCAGAAAAAUACCCUUCGAUCUCACUGUCCAUGACCCCAAGUAUCAAUACUGCAGUUCUGUGUACACAGGAAAACUGAGGAAAUGCAAGCAAGAUGCAGAUGUCAAGAAUGAAGUCACAGAUUCAGAGUUCAGUCAGUGGCCUGAGACAGAAACCUUUAGCAAAAUACCCUCUGGUCAUACAACCCCUGACCAAAAGUAUCAGCAUGCCAGUCCUGGGUGCACAUCAAGACUGGUAAAAGAUGAUUCUACAGCUGCAAAACUUGAAAGGGGAAGCAAAAGGCACACAGUGCCCAUGAUGUUGACUAAGUUUGCAGCUUAUAAUGCGUUCCAUCACUGUGAACAGUGCCACCAUUACACCGACAGCAGCUUAGCUGCAGAGUCUGUGGAGUCUAGCCUGCAUGCAUUCUCUUUCUCAUCAUCUGCACUGGGAGAAGACAUCCAGCUUCAUUUUGUCAUUCCAAAGGCCAAGGAGCACCACUUUGUUUUCAGCCAGCAAGGAAGGCACUUGGAGAGCAUGAAGCUACCUCUGCUGUCUGAUAAGAAUCUUAGUUCACCAAAGAGUCCAGUUUUUACUCCAACAACCGGACGUCAUGAACACGGGCUUCUGAAUCUUUAUCAUGCCAUGGAAGGAGCAGAUCACCUGCACAUACUGGUAGUCAAAGAGUAUGAGAUGCCACUUUACCGCAAGUAUUGGCCCAGUCACGUCAUCUUGGUUCUCCCAGGAGUAUUCAACAACAUGGGAGUAGGUGCUGCCAAGUUCCUAAUCAAGGAAUUGUCGUAUCAUAACUUGGAGCUAGAGAGAAAUCGAUUAGAGGAGAUGGGGAUUAAACGCCAGUGUGUGUGGCCCUUUGUUCUCAUCAUGGAUGAUUCUUGUGUAUUGUGGAACAUUCACACUGUUCAGGACCAGACCAGCCAGUCGGAGGAACCUAUGAUGACCUACAAGAAUAUUUCCUUGAAAAAUGUAUUGAAUCAUAUUGAAACUACACCAAAGAUCAGCUAUUAUGCUCUACUUGGCAUCCGGAAAUGGAACAGCAAAAUAAAAGCAUUCCAAGACAUAGUACCAUUUUCCAGGGGUCACAUCCAUGAUUUUUUGCUCUUAAAUGUUGACCUGACACAAAAUGUGCAGUAUGAUUUUAACAGGUAUUUCUGUGAAGAUAUUGAUUUCAGUCUAAAGAUAAACAGCAGCGGAUUGCUAAUAUGUCGCUUCAAUAACUUCAGUCUGAUGAGCAAGCAGAUCCUGGCAGGUGGACGGAAGGACUUUGUAGUCAAACCAAAGAGGAUGGAUGCUGAGAAGUUAAUGAAUCUUUCUCCAUCUCAGUAUGUGUGCGCACCAGACAGUGAAUCGAUGUUGCUUGCAGCUCCUGCUCAGUUCCUGCUAGAAAAAUUUCUCCAACACAACAGCCUUAGACUGUUUCCUAAAGCCACAAACAGUAACAGAAUUCCAGUGCUUGCUAUUGACUGUUACCUUAACAUUGGCCCAGAGGUAACUUUGUGCUACGUAAGUUCCAGGCCACAUUCAGUGAACCUAAGUCUUGAGGGAAUUGCUUUCAGUGGGCUUUUGCUGUACUUGUGCGAUUCAUUUGUAGUUGCUGACAUGCUCAAGAAGUUUAAAUUCCUAAAAGGAGCCACUCUCUGUGUUAUUUGUCAAGACAGGAGUUCAUUGCGUCAGACAAUAGUUCGUCUGGAGCUGGAAGACGAGUGGCAGUUUCGUCUCAGGGAUGAGUUUCAGACUGCUAACAGCACUGAAGACAAACCACUGUACUUUUUAACUGGACGUCAUAUCUGAUUUGGAUUCAAACUGUGAAAGACUUCUUCAAAGGAAGGAGCAUUUCUUUGAAUCAUUUGUACAAUCAGCCUGGAGCUAAUUGCAAGCAACAUUUUGAUGACUCUAGAAAUGCACAGAUCAGCGCAGGCUCUUGGGCAGAUAUUAACAUGGAGUUGAGUGGCUGUUCCACUGGUUCAGAAAAAAGAAGACCCAUUCUGUGAUGCAGAUUGACUAGUUUCUGAACUAUUCUAAGAACACCACUUGGGUAAUGAAAUGUGAAGAUAUUUACAUCUGCAAAAGAAUGGGUAUCAAAGAACAAACAGGAAAGCUUUGUCAGGUAUUUUCCUGUGUACUUGACCCGCUUUGUAAAGUUUCAGUGGAUGAAGUGACAUAUUUUCUCAAAAAGGCCAAAUUAGAUAAUUGCUGCAGAAUGAACUUUAGUGCCAUUUCAGGCUAUUUUUUUUUAUACUGGACAGCUAUUGGUGCCGAUUUUUAAAGACUUUUACACUGAGGCGUGACCCUCAAAUUCUUUGUUAGUACUGUACCUUGGUGCAGUUAAUCUCAGGGAUUUAUAUGUAAAAAAAACAGUAUAGUUGAUAUGUGAUAUUAAAAUAAGGCUUUUAUUAUUUCAUUGUGAAGUGUUAGUUUUAGAUUUGCAUUUUGUGUGUUUAUAUGCUUAUAAUACAGCUAGGCAGAUAUUGUUCUCCAGUACUAGAUGGUGUUUUUGUAGGUCUAAACAAACAGGAAAAAAAUAACAUUUUAGUCACAGGAACAGGCCAUGCUCCAUUUUUUAUACUUAUUAAAGAUAUUCGUUCAGUGUAUUGCACCUCUGUAAUUAGUGUUGUAUCAGCACUAGAAUCCAGAUGUUAACUGGUUAUGGAGACCAAUUCCUGCCAGCCCUUAAUGCCAGAACCCAAGCUACAUGAGCAGUCAGUGGCUUUAUACAUGGACACUUUAGAGUAGUUGAUUAACCUGCACGUCUGAGAGAGAAAACCAGAGUACACAGAGUAAGUCCAUGUUGAACAUAAAGAAGAGCAGGUUUUGCAGUGACGCACUGCAUUAGCUUGCAUAUGAGGAAGGCCCAUCCCCACAGUUAGGUGUCUUUUUCUCUGCAUUGGCUCAAUGUCACACUAAGUGUGCAUGUCUCAAUUCUGCACCUGUCUGAAUUUUUCAUUUGUUGUAGUGAGAGACCCCUGCAAGUAAUUCUGUUUUACCCAUUGAACAAAGUCCCAUCCUUAAUUCGUUCCUUCUAUUUCUUUCCUUUAAUUUCCAUUCUUAUUUGGAGAAAGUUUUACCCGUUCAUUCCUUCUACUUGCUUUUCUAACUCUGCCCCAUAAAGGCAAGAAUAUUUUAUGGCAUUCAGAAUUAAAGUUUGGCUGCAGGCAACAGCAGAACAAAUGCGUGUCCAUUCCUCUCUAACUGUUGCCUUGAGUAUGCCGAUGAUAGGGCAGCACACCCUUGUUUAGUGAAUGGAUUUAUGCUUGUUUUUUAUGUGCACAAUCCAUGCUUCAGACAGUAGUUAGACACCUCACUCUACAUCUGUAACUUGAGUACCAAACCUUUUUUUUUGUAUUGCACAAGUCCAGAGUUGUGUAACAAUUUAGACGUUUCUAGCACUGGCCACACCAAAGGAGGCGUACUGUUGUGCCUUUAGGGGAUUGCAUUUCGUUUUCUGCUACAACCAGUUUAAUUUUUACUUUUAUCCUUUAAAAAUUCUCCAUUUUCUCCAUUAAAAGUUUCUGGUCUUUGUUGCAGCACUUGUAAUGUCAGUGAGCUUGGAAUAUCAAGAGGGCUGAACAUGGUUAACUGGUUAGGAAAAUACUUACUUUAUUGAACUCUUCAACUAGUUAGUGAUGCAACAAGAUGAAUCGUCGCUGGUAUCUGCAUCACUUUCUUGCACACUGCCUUGUGGAUGACUGCUUCUGCGUAAGGUCAACUGUCCUCAUGAAGUUUGCUAUGCUUCUGGUAUUUACUGUAUUAAUUACUUGGAGUAGAGUCUGUCAGGGCAGUGGAAUCCUAAAACAUAGCUAAUAAGAGUGUGUGUG